UAAAAUCCCACUAAACUCUGCCUAUAUACAUUCAAAAUUUGAUAACUCAAGACUACAGCUCUCCUCUCUAUUACUUUGCCCUUCAGCCAUGAUUUCAGUGGCGGAAUAGUUCAAGACACUUCACUCCGUGGGGCAAAACGGGGCAACAGUCGUGCUGGGAGGGAAACCCCGCCGCUAAACCUGUUAUAGCUAGCAGAACGGUCAUGCCGCCAAGUAUGCGAAACGGAAUACAUGCCGGAAACAAUGAAUGAAGAUUUUCAGUGAACUCUAUCUUGGAUUUUGGCAGUACUUUGCGCAGUAGAAAUUCUCUGUUUGGUUUGAGGAUGUCGAUCCCUACAGUGACUGUUUGCAUGACGAUAAUCCCUGCGUUUCCGGAUGGCUGACUCAGAUACAAGUUGGAGAACGGAAACUAAAACCAGUCAACGGCAUGUAGAAACUCGCUCCUAGCCGCACUGUUCAACUUGAUCGUGACUUGUUCUGUACUGCGCGUGAAGCAUCAUUGGAAAUAGCAUCCUUUCGCGGUUAUGUGUUCGCGUGCCAGUCUUCUGAUAGUCUCAAUAGGGAAAGUGGUUAUCUUUUCCCAUCAUCGCCAAGUCUAUCAUGGGUAGAACUAAUCCCCUUAUAGAAGGUAACACUCCUCCUACACAAUCUACAGCUUGGUUUAUUGGCUGACGUAUUGGACGAGAAAUGCAUUUAUGGGUGUGCUGGACCACAUCUUCAGAACCAGCCAGCGAGGAAUGCCCAUUUUCACUCAUAGCAACUCCACGAUGAGCAUCAUGAAGCACCUUCUAGCUGCUGUUGCUGUCGCACCCCUCGCUCUUGGGCAGUUUUGCGAGCACCAGUGGGAGGGUACCUUUGCUGCCGAAAAUGUCGAGAAGAGGUUGCAAGCCAGGCAGAACGCGGCUGCGCCUCCUUUGGAGAUCGUGCCACUCAUUGUGAAUGGACCAUCGAGCAAUCGGGUUGAUCUCAUCUUCUUCGGUGAUGGAUACACCGAGGAAGAGAAGGACAAGUUCUUCGAGGAUGCUAUGACCCUUACCACAAACAUCACAAGUGGCCAGACGUUCGCGGAUGUACUUCCACUCAUGAACUUCUGGGCCGGGUUUUCUGCAAGUGCUGAAAGUGGUGUCGGUGUUGGCGGGCAGCCUCUAGACACCGUCUAUGGACUUUACCGUGACGGCACUGAGCUACGUGGUGUAUACUACGACAAGCCUGAGGUUGCACGCGCUGCAUGCGACUCGACCGAUGCCUGUGAUUACCCCAUUCUCCUUGGAAAUGACCCCUUCUACGGCGGCUUGGGUGGCACAUUUACAGUGACCACCUCCUCUCCCGGUAACGGCGCCUCGGUUCUUCGACACGAAUUAGGCCACUCGAUCAUUGGCGUAGGUGAAGAGUAUGAUGGAGGCACCGUUUACCGUGGCGUCAACUCAGCCCAGUCCCCGAACUCGGUGUCAUGGAAGCAGUGGUACACUGACCCAGCUUCGGAGCCAAACGUUCAGCGAAACAACAUGCCGUUCCAGGCGUACCCUUGGACUUUGUUAAACACAACCCGGAGCUGGCGAGCGGCUUUCAGCUCGGCUGGUACUUACGAUACUCACAUGCUGCAGUUCAGUGUCAGCGGUGUAACGCAGAGCAGUGACUUGCUCGUGGAAAUCGAUGGAAAGGACGUAGGUUGGGAGGUGAACCCCGUGAUCGGCGUGGACCGUUGGAUCUAUAAUAUCAAGUUCGAUGAUGCGCUCAGUCCGGGAGCACACGAGCUGAAGUUCACCCUACUCAACGAGGAGAUAGAAGGAAGCGCACAGCUUUGCAAUGCCGAGAUCCUCGAGUACGGGGAAGUAUACGACUUUGACGAAUUCCAUGGCAUAUUCCCUACGUUCUCCGCAUCCAACAGAACCACAUACCGUCCCACCAACGACAAAUGUCUCAUGCGCACCAUGCAGUCCGUAGACUUCUGCGACGCAUGCAUUGAAGGUCUAUGGCUGUCCCUCAUGAACCCGCUCUCCCUCAUCGACAACGUCACCCAGGUUGCGCAGCCUGACGGUUCUACUAACGUAACGCUUGACCUCCUACCCCUCGCACAGUUCAGGCAAGUCCCGAACAACCAUGCUGAAACUUAUACCAUCCUCUGGUACGGAGCCGAUGAAGACGUGGUUCUGGACGAAUUCACCAACAGUACCAGCGCUCUUAUCGACUCAGGUACUACGGACUUUGGUGUCGAGGUUAGGUUCUGGACCGAGCAGGUUAGAGUGGACAGGAACGAGGUACUGGUGCUUAAGGAGAGAUAUGAGAUUGAGAACUAA